AUGGUGAACGGCGCUGCUGCCGUGUUGGAGCCCACUUUCACCGGGUAUGUGGCCACCACCCAGGAUGCUCUGAUCCUGUUCGAGGCCUGUCUCACCGGUGUUCUGCACCAUGUGCCUCGACGACCUCACGACCGGGAACGCAGCCAUCUGGUGCGCAGCGGUAGUGUUUUCAUCUACGAAGAGAACUCCUCCGGCAUCAAGCGAUGGACGGACGGCGUCACCUGGAGCCCCAGUCGCAUCUUGGGCAACUUCCUCGUCUACCGGGAACUGGACAAACCCUUUCCGCCCGGGGAGAAGAAGCGCGCGAUGAAAAAGGCCAAUCGACGAGCCGUGCCUCCGUCGCGACCGGGCGAGCCUUAUCCUACUCGACAUGACAGCAACGGCGGCCAGCCCUACUCACCUACUCAGCCCUCUCCUCCGUUCGGCGAACGCCCACACCAGUCGGAGGUCGAGCGCGCAUUGGUAGGGUCGCUGGUCGACUCGUACGGCUUCAAGGAUUCGGGUCUGGUAAAAAAGACGAUGAGCGUGACCGUCAUGGGUGUGACCCACCAUUUGGUCUCUUACUACAGCGUCGAGGACGUCAUGCGCGGUGCGCUUAACCCGCCGUCGAUGGUCGAGUCCCUGCGCUACAUUCGCCCGCGCGUCGACCUCACCCAGAAACAAAGCUUCCGAGCGCCUAUCGAUGAUCUAGAGACCAGCGCCAUGGAGAGCGCUCAUGACCCUUCCCACGCCGCCCUCUACGGGUACCGCCCGCAGAUGAUGGCGCCUCCGGGAUACGGCAUGCCCAACCCGUCCCCCGACUUCUACAUGCACGCCAGUCCAUACACCGCCACACAUCCCCCACAAGCGGGUCCGAUAGCAGGAUACUCCCUGGGCAACUCGAUGCCUGGCCAGCCUGCACCGAACCCGUACCUGCCCUCUCCCGCCGCACCCAUGGUCAAACAAGACGACUACCACGCCUUCCGCGCCGGGCCCUACGGAGGCAGCAUGGACUCGAUCAGCCACGGCGGACUCUCAUCAUCGAUCCCAGGAGCAAUCAACACGGCCAUCCCGAGCUCGCUCAGCGACCGCAACCGCUCAACCUCUGACCACAGCCCGUCCGCCUACCGCAACAGCUCUAUCUCCUCGCGCAGCGUCGCCACCGAUGCGACCUCCCCCAUGGACCCGUCCACGCCUGCCACCUACUCCCGUAGCAGCUUCAGCCUAUCCAGCCAAAUGGACAAUUCCAGCACGCCCAUCGACCGAGGCAUCGGCCCUCUGGACCCCUCCGUGCCCCGCCGCGAAUCGAACCCCAUCCACCCUUCUUACUACGGGGAUCGCUCCCAGUACUACGUCAAUGCUAGUGCCCCUGUGAAUCACCACUACGCGGCUGCACAGCCUCUAUCUUCAUGGACGACCACUGCCCCCGCGCAGCCGCAGAUCUAA